AAAUUAUUAUUAAGAACAGAAUCAGAAGCGGCGGCCGCGACAAACCAUGCGCCGUUAACGAUCAAAGUUGAUUGUAUUGGUUGUUGUUAUUAAACAUCGGUUGUUUUUCGGAGAAGGAAACAGAGAAAUGGUGUGGUUCAAGCUGAUGGUGUGUCUUGUAUUUGCGGCAAGCACAGUUUAUCCAGCUACAUUAGAGACUCGCGACUUCUUGGGGAAUACCACCACGAACGCAGGUCGAUUCCGAAGACAGGGCCUCAGUUGCGGGAAUGGAAAUAACCAGUGCGGAUCUGGCGAAUGCAUCAGCGAGGAUUCCCUGUGCGACGGAAAGGUCGAUUGCAGAGAUGGAUCAGAUGAGACUUCGGCCUGCGCGACGAUACCGUGUCAAUCGUUCCUGUUCCGAUGCGCGUACGGUGCUUGCAUAAAUUCCGACUUCGAGUGCAACGGCAAAGAGGACUGCAGGGACGGCUCCGAUGAGAACACGGCCCGCUGCAAGCGAGAGGGUAAACCAUCGUCGACCGGUGGAAAAUGCUCUUCGGAUCAGUUCCAAUGCAAGUCGGGUCAAUGCAUCGACGAUUUGGACCAGUGCGACGGGACCGAGAACUGCUCGGACGGAUCCGACGAAACGCAGGAGACGUGCGGCAAUCUGAGAUGUCAGCCGUUCACUUUCCGGUGCGAUUACGGGGCGUGCAUCAACGAGAAUCUCCGAUGCAACGGCAAGAAGAACUGUCGCGACAAUUCGGACGAGAUCGGAUGUGAGUCGGGUGGUGGUAGCCAACAGACGCCCAGACCGACGCAGAAACCAACCAGCAAACCCACGCCCACUCCGACGCCUCCACCAUCAUCAGUCGGCUAUCCCGGGGGAUGCGUGCUGCCCCAGAACCCGGAUAACGGUAGAUGGUCGUUCCCGGUUGGUCUGUCCCCAUUGCCUAUUGGUACACCGGUUACGGCGAACACCAUCAUCAUCUUCAGCUGCGACAAGAAUUACAAGCUGAUGCCGGAGAACGGAGGCUUCUCGAUCUGCUUGAACACCGCCUGGACGAGCAUUCCGACAUGCAAGAGUACUUGCUCUUCGAUCACACCGAACGAUGCGAUGACCGUCGAAUGCAGACUGGACGGAAGCAAAACGUCCUGCGACAAUCCGUACGAGGGCACCAAAGCAGAGAUCAAGUGUCGUCCGCUGUACGAGGACUCCCGUCUCCUGGAGAAUCCGUAUCGCUUCUGUAUCCAAGGCACCUGGGACUACUCCAUUACCGGUGUCAAUUGUCAACCAGUGUGCGGUUUGAAGUCUGUAGAGGCGACCCAAUUAGUGAUAGGUGGCAAGAACGCGACCAAAGGGGAUUACCCCUGGCACGUCGGCAUUUUCAGAACGUUCGACAAGGAGAACGUCUGUGGCGGAUCGUUGGUUUCGAUGAAGGUCGUGGUGACCGCCGCCCAUUGCUUCGACGUGGUCAACGAGGAUAUGUACACGGUGUCCGCAGGGAAGUAUUACAGGAGCUACAAGGACCCCAACGACGUCGACGCACAAUUCUCUGACAUUCAAAAACUGCUCGUUCAUUCGGAUUACAACGGAGGGCAGCCGUUUCUCGCCUUCGACAUUGCGUACAUCAUCCUCAAGACACCGUUCAAGCUCAACAAAUUCGUUCUUCCGGUGUGUAUCGACAGGCAGAACACGGAUGACCUCUCGCUGACCGGACAGACGGGGCUGGUGAUCGGCUGGGGUUACACGGAGGCCUCGAGCGAACCAUCGAACGUCCUCAAGGAACUGGAGAUCAAGUACAAAUCGAAGCAACAGUGCAAACUUCCCACCGAUUUUUACACCUAUUAUCUACCUUACGCCUUGGACAAACUCUGCGCCGGUCAAGACACAAGCUCAGGUCAGAGCGCGUGUCAAGGUGACAGCGGCGGUGGGCUGAUCUUCCGUGGAAGGGAGGAGCGAUUCUUUCUGAGAGGCGUGGUCAGCGUUGCUCCCAAGAAGUACGGAGGAUGUGACUACACCCAGAACACCCUCUUCACGUCGCUGCGAUUCCACAAGGACAAUCUUCUUCAUACCCUCGCCCAGUACCGAGUCUGAGAAGAAACUAACUCAACUUGCUCAACGACUCCAAUUGCAACUACAACAGAUAAAGGCUGAAAAUGAAACAAUAAUAAUAAUAAUACAAAU